GUUUUGCCCGAGAAAAGAUCGCGGGGGAAGCACCACACAAUUCCUUCUGCCAUGCAUCGCGCCAUCGGUCGCCGCAGCUUCAGCUCCCGACGCGUUGUCGUCGUGGACGGUAUUCGCCUUCCUUUCCACAAGUCCGGCACUGUCUACAACGACUUGAUGGCGUAUGACUUGAUGCGAGAUGCCAUCAAGGGCCUCUUGGUCAAGACUGCAAUCGACCCUGCCAAGAUCGACUAUGUUUUGUGCGGUACCGUCAUCCAAGAAGUGCGCACGAGCAACAUUGCACGUGAAGCUGCCCUCGGUGCUGGCAUCCCGAAGAACAUUCCUGCUCAUACUGUCACCCAAGCGUGCAUUUCGUCGAGUCAAGCAAUCGCGACAGGCGCGGAGAAGAUUCUGGCUGGGAACGCCGAGAUUGUGUUGGCGGGUGGGGUGGAAACCUUCUCGGAUGUUCCCAUUCGCUUUUCCCGUCCCAUUCGCAAGCGUUUGAUCAACUCUGCAAAGGCGCUCAAGGCAGGCCCUGCUGGGAUUUUGAAGCUCUUGUCGGGAUUAAAGCUCAGCGACUUGGCGCCCGAAGCCCCCGCAAUUAAAAACUUUCACACGAACGAGGUCAUGGGCAACUCGUCGGAUCGUCUAUCGGCGCGCUUUGGCGUCACGCGUAAAGAAAUGGAUGAAUUCUCGAUCAAGAGCCACCAAAAUGCCGCGAAAGCACAUGCCGAGGGCAAGUACGACGGUGAAAUCGUUCCAUACAUGGGCACUACCCUCGAAAACGGCAUCAACCCCGACAGCAACUACGAAAAGGUGUCGUCGCUGAAGCCUGCAUUCGUCAAGCCCCAUGGCACGCACACUGCUGCAAACUCGUCAUUUUUAACCGACGGCAGUGCCGCCACGUUGCUCAUGUCCGAGUCCAAGGCGCUCGAACUGGGGUACACGCCAAAGAGUGUCUUGUUGGAUUCUGUAUUUGUCGGCGUCGACCCGUUUGAAUCGUUGUUGCUUGGCCCGGCUUACGGCAUUGCCCAAAUCCUCCAGAAGAACAACCUCAAGUUGGACGACAUCGACCACUUUGACAUCCACGAAGCGUUUGCCGGUCAGGUGCUGGCCAACUUGAAAGCGUUGGCCGACGAAGACUUUUGCAAGCACGAAUUUGGAUGGAGUGGAGCUGUCGGUCGCGUGAACCACGACAAACUCAACACGUGGGGCGGGUCUUUGGCCCUAGGCCAUCCCUUCGGCGCCACGGGCAGCCGCUUGGUGAACACAGGCUCGAACAAGCUCGUCAAGGAAGGCGGCAAGUACUCUCUCUUGGCCGCGUGCGCAGACAGCGGGUUGGCUUAUGUUGGGUUGCUGCAAAAGUACGAAAAGAAGUAAGGAAUGUCGCUGUACAACGUGUUCAGCCACUCGCAUUGUUGACGACGCCACCGGGGGCGGCGGAGGGUACAGUCGCAGGAAUGAGUUGGUUGGGCUUUAUCGUCGAUGUCGUCCAUUGCUCGAACUUGGAUGUCGUCGCGCCUCGGGCUGCGGAGCUCGGCAUGGCAGACGGCCGACACUGCUGCCCACCAAAGUGAUGCCAAACAUGUGCCCUUGUCUGGCUUGGGGCGAUUCACGUGCCAUAACCUUCAUGAACGAAGCGAUGUGAAUUGAAAAAUGUCGGUGCUCUGGCAUGAAACAUCGCGCGUGUGGCGCCAUA